CCUCCGAGGGGCGGGAAGGCGCGUAGUUUGCUUCGCUCGCGCUGACUGAGAGGCCGGCAGGGCGGGAUGGGCUCCCCCUGGCACCAGGCGGCCCGGCGGCUGUACGACUGUCUGCUGCAAGUAUAUAAUGAAGGUAUCCCCAAAGACCCAUUUCCCUUUGAGGCUGAUGUCCAAGUACAUUUGAUUGGCGAGGGUUGCAGAAGUCCCUUAGAAAGUUUUUGGAAUGGAAACAGUAUGAUAUUCAUUAUGCAGAAAGCAGGACAUGUUGAACUAACUGACCAAAUGGAAGAAUCACAAAUAGAUGAUGCCACUUAUAUUUCAGAGUUUACACCACAGAAGGGUUCUGGACCAGUUGCUCUAUCUGUUACAAGAGGAAAGCAACUGAUUUCACUCUAUACAAUGGCACAAAAUCCAAACAUGACCCAUUUGAAGAUAAGCAAACCAGUUGUGCUUCCUCCCCUGUGGAUAAGAUGUGACCGCUCUGACCCUGAACAUACCUGUUGGCUAGGUGCUGAGCCUCUCAAAAAUGGGAACAAAAUCACAGGGAUCAGUUUCCAUAUAGUUACAUGUAAUGGUCCUACAGCUGAUAAAACCUGUUUUGCAAAUCUAGAAGACCUCAAAAAGGCACACAAAAUCAGACAUCGCUCAUCUGUUGUGACAACCAAAGGCUUUGCUCAAUAUGAGCUCAUUCGAGCCACUACAUUGGAGGAUACAGUGGUUGAAUCAGAGAGUAAUAUAUAUGUUGAUAUUACUUGGAAUAUUGUGGAUACGAUUCUGCAGACACCUCCACUCACUGCAGCGGCAACAUUGAACAUUAGAUUGGAAUCUGGGGACCCCAGGAGUCCUGUGUUCCAGUUACAUAGAGAAUUGCAGUUUCUCCUUGUUUUGGCUGAAGGCUUGAAGACUGGCGUGACUGAAUGGCCUGAGCCUUUGGUAGCUGAAUCAGCGGUUGAGCUCGUCAAGGAACUUCUGAAUGAUUUAAAGAAUAAACUGGAUGGAUUUAAUACAUCAGUACAUAAAAAUGAUGCAGAGAAAGUCCAGUGUGACUCAGCUGCAGUGGACAGUUCAAUAAAAUCACUUUUUAGUGAGCGAGGAGACCUGGAUUUUCCUGAACAGUUGUGGUGCAAAAUGAGAAGGAGUGUUGCUUCCUAUCAAGACUUGGUAGAGUGUUUCACACUGAUCAUAAAAUCCCUAGAACAUGGUGAGAUACAGCCUUGGAUUCAUCAAGAGAGUAGCAGUUUACUAAGCAAAUUGAUUCAACAAUCCUAUCAUGGAGCUAUGGAGGCUAUUUCCCUCAGUGGUGUCACUCCAAUUCAAAUGCUUCUGGAGAUUGGUCUGGACAAAAUGAAGAAAGAUUAUGUCAGUUGUUUCAUAGGCCAAGAACUUGCAACAUUAACCUAUCUGGACUACUUCAUAUCCACAUCAGUAGAGCUACAGGAGCAGGUUCAUCGCAUUCAAAAACUUCAUCAUAUGCUGGAAAUAUUGGUCAGCUGCACAGUCUUUCUUCAUUUCAAACAUGAGAACCUCUUCCCUUUGAUGCAGUCCUGCAUAAAAUAUUACAAAGAAAAUCCUCUGAAUGAGAAGCAUGUGUUUCAGCUACCAAUCAGACCAGCUGUUGUCAAUAAGUUCUAUCAAAAUGAUCAUGCACAAAUAUGGAGGGUGGAAAUAAAUAGUGGACAUGGUCAGAAGGAGGUUAAAACAGUAUGGCAGCUUAGUACUAAUCCUCCUGUUGAACAUAUGACUUCGAACAACCGAGAAGUACUUUGUGAUACAACAGUUAAUGGAAACACUGAAGAAAGUAUGUAUUUUAUUACCAUGGCUAACUGCAGUCAGGUGCAUUUUGCAUAAAAGAUUGCUGUUGUACAGAUAGACGCUUAGAAGGUACAGUAAAUGUAAAAUAUUGUCAGCAUAUCUGCUUCCCCAAGUAUAUCUAAAUAUAUUUUAUGGUUGGAAGAAUGAUACCCUAUAUUUGGUAGUUAUUUGCUGUUGUGUGUUGAAGUUAGAAUCUGCAUAGACCUAUAAUUCAACAGUAUGUGUACAGUUUGUUUAAAUACUUUGUAACAUGCAGUUAUUUUAAAAAAAUAUAUAAAAUGUAAUUGCUUUAAAAACUAAUUUUGAUAGUUUAUAAAUUAUGAAUAUUUUACUUGUUUACAUUGUUUUAAUUUUAUUUUUAUUGUUUGUUGUACAAUGUAGUUGACCAAGAGCAAACAGCGUUAUAAAAUCUUUGCUGGUGUCGCAUGAUGUUACAUCAGUAAGACCUAUUUGGAGAGAUGCUCUUCCAGUGCCAUAUACAUUUUGUAAAAGAACUUCAGUUUUCUCUAGUCCGAUAUUUAUAUUUUGGAGUUGUUCUUCUCAUCUAGCCCAAAUUCAGCCUUCCUUCAAAUGCAAAUAAUUGAUUUUAAUCACUUUUUUUCAUUUGUACUUUUGAGUUAUUUUCAUAAAGAACAUUUAUAUAACUAUUAAAACAUGUUGAUUUGAUUAUUUACAGUUAAAUAUAGCCUUUACAUUAGAUUUGGUACUACAUUUUGCUAGGAGGAUGCACAUUUAUCUAAUUAUAUAGCAUAACAUACAUUUGUUCUGUAAUUUGAGGCCAAAGCUUUUCUGCACAACAGAAACUGUAAGUACUGACAUUUGGAAAAAAGUAACUGCCAGCAUUCAUUCCUUUGUCAAAACUGAAAAUGAUAUAGAUGGUACCAUAUUAUUAAUUUUGACCCCAAAAUAUAGUUAAAGAUGUUUUCGCCCUGAUUUUAUAUACCAAAAAAGAAGCCUUUAUAGUUUGAAAAUGGCUCAUUGAAUCAGUGUAUGAGAUUUUUAUUUAUUCAAAUGUAUAUAAAUUAUUUUAAUAGAUGAUAGUCAGUUUAGGCCUUAGCAUAGGUUGUCAUAAAUUCAAAUUUAAAUAAAUUAAUCUGUCUUGAACAAUAAAAACACAUUUAAAUUUAAAUUAAAGUUAAAUUUUAAAAUACAGUUUAAAUGUGUGAGUAUUUUUAAGUCUUUGACUUUUAUUCACUCUUCUUGAAUAGCAGCUAAGAAAUCUAUCCAUUUUGUGCACAGUUAAUCUGACAUCCACAAAUUUAGUUUGUGUUUUGGAAUUUUGGUAAAAGUUGAACAUAAAGUCUUGCUUUGAAGGAAUCCUUUCAGGCCAAGCAAUGGCAGGUUGCUAGCCAUACUCUGGAACUAGUUCAGUUCUGUAUAAGCAGGUGCAUUUUGAUUAAGCUGGAGCAGGACUGAAUUUGGUACAGUAUCUUAACUUACAUGUCCAAGUCCUUGGAUCACAUUUUUGUGUGUGUGCAACAUUCUCUAAUAAAGAAAGAGAUGUAUAAUGAGUAGGCCCUACCAAAUUGACAGUGAAAAAUGUGUAAUGGAUCAUGAAAUCUGAUUAUUGUCGUCGUAUUGCCACCCUUACUUCUGCACUGCUGCUGAGGGCAGCGCUGCCUUCAGAGCUGGGUGGCCAGAGAGCAGUAGCCACUGGCCGAAUGCCCAGCUCUGAAGACAGCAUUGCCACCAGCAGCAGCGCAGAAUUGAGGGUGGCAUGGUAUGAAGGGGGUUGUCAUUUUGGGGGGUAGCAGACCCGACCUUUAUGGUUGGGUGACGGUGGUGACUGUCCAGGGCGCUGUGGUCACUCCUCCCCCCCCCCCCCCCACCCACCCUAAAGCCCCUUUAACCCCUGAGCGCUGGGCCAGGAGCAGGGCUGGGAGUUCUCCAGCCGGGGGUACUGUGUGCUGGGCUACAGCUGCUAGUCCCGGCUAGGCUGGGGAAAGAGGGGACUUCCUCUUCCCCUGCGUGGGCUGCUCCCAAGGCUGGGUCAGCCCUCCUUUCAGGAACCUUCCCCCGGCUCCAGGAAGCUACGCGGCCGCUGGCUGGGAGCCCAGCUCUGAAGGCAGCACCAUCACCAGCAGCAGUGCAG